ACUGUCCUGUGUAUACAGCAGAGACAGAAUGAAGUUGACAAUAGCUAUAUUGUUGGCGGCUGUGGCCCACACCGCCUUCGCCGGUGUAUAUACCGAUCGUUUUAACAUACAAUACCAAAAAAUGAAGAACCCAGGAAGUGGAUACUUCUCCAGAGAGGGUGUUCCAUACCACUCAGUUGAAACCCUUAUUGUAGAAGCUCCAGAUCACGGACACGAAACUACAUCCGAAGCCUUCAGUUACUACGUAUGGUUGGAAGCUUUACAUGGUAAAAUUAGUGGUGACUUCUCUGGAUUUAACCAAGCUUGGGAUACUUUGGAAAAAUACAUUAUUCCCCCAACUGGUAGUCAGCCUACAAACAGUUUCUAUAAUCCUGGCCAUCCAGCCACUUUUAUUCCUGAGGAAGAUCAGCCUAGCCAAUACCCAUCUCAAAUCGAUACUAGUGUAUCAGUAGGUCAAGAUCCUCUUCACCAAGAGCUUGUUGCUGCCUACGGCACUAGUGAUAUCUACGCUAUGCACUGGCUUCUUGAUGUUGAUAACGUAUAUGGUUUCGGUAACACUGCUGGAAACUGCCAACAAGGACCAAAUGCUCAAGGACCAUCAUACAUUAACACUUUCCAAAGAGGAUCCAUGGAAUCCGUAUGGAGAACUAUUCCUCAACCAACUUGCGAUAACUUCCAAUCUGGUGGUCAAAAUGGUUUCUUGGACUUGUUCACAAAAGAUAACAGCUAUGCCAAACAAUGGAAAUUUACCAAUGCUCCUGAUGCUGAUGCUCGUGCAAUCCAAGCUGCUUUCUGGGCAGGUCAAUGGGCACAAGAACAUGGACAACUUGGAACAAUCCAAGGUACUCUUGCUAAAGCAGCUAAAAUGGGUGAUUACAUUCGUUAUUCUUUAUUCGACAAAUACUUUAAACAAAUUGGAAACUGCGUCUCUCCACAAGGUUGUCCAGCUGGUUCCGGUAAAAACAGCGCUCACUACUUGUUGGGAUGGUACUUUGCAUGGGGAGGUUCUCUCGAUACUAAUGGCGGUUGGGCAUGGCGUAUUGGAGAUGGUACAGCUCACUUUGGUUACCAAAAUCCAUUGGCUGCUUAUGCUUUGGCUAACGACCCUAACCUUAGACCCAGAGGAGCUACCGCAGUAUCUGACUGGCAAACUUCUCUUCAAAGACAAUUAGAAUUAUACGGAUGGUUACAAACACCCGAAGGUGCAUUCGCUGGUGGAGUUACCAACAGUAUCAAUGGUCGCUAUGAUGCCCCAUCUGGAGAGCUUACACAAAAUACUUUCCAUGGUAUGUUCUACGACUGGGAACCAGUUUACCACGACCCUCCAUCUAACAGAUGGUACGGUAUGCAACCCUGGUCUGUUGAUCGUUUGGCUCAAUACUACUAUGUUACUGGAGACAAUCAAGCUAAAGCUCUCUUGGAUAAAUGGGUUGCUUGGGUCCUUAAAGAAAUUAAGGUUAUUCCAGGUACAAGUUACCAAGUUCCUGAACAACUUGAAUGGAGUGGCGUUCCACCCAACGUACACGUGUCUGUGAAAGCAUAUUCCGGUGACGUAGGUACUGGAGCAGCUACUGCUAGAACAUUGUCCUAUUACGCUGCUAAAGCUAACCAUGCUCAAGCUAAAGAAGUUGCCAAGGAAAUUUUGGACAUCAUGUGGUGGAAGCACCAAACCGAUAAGGGUGUAGCAGUUGAGGAAGUUGCAGACACUUAUCAUCAAUUCAACGAGCCCGUUUAUGUACCCCCUGGUUGGACCGGUAGAUACCCCAACGGAGAUACCAUCCAAAGUGGAGCUACUUUCCUUAGCAUCAGAUCUUUCUACAAGAGGGACCCCAAUUGGUCAAAGGUAGAAGCUCAUUUGAAUGGUGGACCAGCUCCAAGAUUCACUUUUCAUCGUUUCUGGGCUCAAGCUGAUAUUGCUCUUGCUCAAGGUUGUUACGGUAUUUUAUUCAAUGAAUAAAUAAUUAUAUGAUUUGUUAUUUUUAAAUAUAUUGUUUAAUAUAACA